AUGUAUGUCACGAACAAAGUCUGGGAGAACAAGAAUCUCUGUCCAAGCAGUCGUAUCAGCCUCGAGUCCCAAGCCAACCUGUGUCCAACUCAGAUGAUGGGUGUCCCAUCUGCGCCAACGGUGAUUUACCUGGAGGAGGUCAUAGAUGUGCAAGUGGAAAGGCCGUGCAUCUGCAUGAUAAGUGUUCAGUGUUUGUUGGUGGAGAAGAAGGUUAUGGGGGAAAAAAAAUGCCACGAAUGUCUACGCCGGGAAAACAUGGAGAACGGCAUUAACUCUUCAUCGACCAGAGCUGCUGCAUCUUCAGACCGACACCAUACACUACCUUUGUUACGGCAUGGAGAUGAUCUAGAGCUCCAAGGCAUUGCGAAAGACGGGAACAAGUAUACUCUCAAAUCAACGCAUGCAUUUGGCGCACUUUUUCAUCUCGUCUUAUACACUGCAUUUGAUUCAUCGGAUUUUCGAGAAGGGUCUCUUACAAGUUACGCGGGACACAAUGAAUUGCUGGGUUUGGUCAAAAAACUGAUGACGACGAAAAAGAUUCAUACGAGAAUGUACAUCGAUAGGUGCACUAUUCUUCUAUAUAUAUGUAUCUUUAUUGAUUCCCCUGAGGGUUACAAGGACUUCCGUUUCUUAUAUCUAUAA